GGGAAAAAGUAUGUGCCUCCUGUCACUGAGGGCUGCAGAGAGUGGUGACUGGCUGGAGAACUUGGGUGCAGUCAAAAAACACCAGAGUAUGAGUUCUAAGUCAAAAUUCAUAGGGAUCAUCGGAGCUCCUUUCUCAAAGGGACAGCCACGAAGAGGAGUGGAAGAAGGCCCAAAGGUAUUGAGAAAGGCUGGCCUGCUUGAGAAACUUAAAGAACAAGAAUGUGACGUAAAAGAUUAUGGGGACCUGCCCUUUGCUGAUGUCCCUAAUGACAGUCCAUUUCAAAUUGUGAAGAACCCAAGGUCGGUGGGGAAAGCGAAUGAGCAGCUGGCUGGCAUGGUAGCGGAAGUUAAGAAGAAUGGAAGGAUCAGCAUGGUGCUGGGUGGAGACCACAGUCUGGCGAUUGGGAGCAUCUCUGGCCAUGCCAGGGUGCACCCGGAUCUCUGUGUCAUCUGGGUGGAUGCCCACACCGACAUCAACACUCCACAGACAACCACAAGUGGGAACUUGCAUGGACAGCCUGUGUCUUUUCUACUGAAGGAACUAAAGGGAAAGAUCCCUGAUGUACCAGGAUUAUCCUGGGUGAUGCCCUGCAUAUCUGCCAAAGAUAUUGUGUAUAUUGGCCUGAGAGACGUGGACCCGGGGGAACACUACCUUUUGAAAACUCUGGGUAUUAAAUACUUCUCAAUGACUGAAGUAGACAAACUGGGAAUUGGCAAGGUGAUGGAAGAAACACUCAGCUACCUACUAGGCAGAAAGAAAAGGCCAAUUCACCUGAGCUUUGAUGUGGACGGACUGGACCCGUCUGUUACCCCAGCCACUGGCACACCAGUCGCCGGAGGGCUGACCUACAGAGAAGGUCUCUACAUUACAGAAGAAAUUUGCAGAACAGGACUGCUGUCGGGAUUAGAUAUAAUGGAAGUGAACCCAUCUCUGGGGAAGACACCGGAAGAAGUAACUCGAACAGUCAACACAGCAGUGGCAGUAACCUUGGCUUGCUUUGGCGCUGCUCGGGAGGGCAGUCAUAAGCCUAUUGACUACCUUAACCCACCAAAGUAAACGUGGAAACAUCAUACAUAAAUCUCCCAGCUAAUAACUGGAUUACCAAAUCCAGUAAUUUACGUACGCUUAUGGUUAUCCUCUUACAGAUUUGGUAUUUCAGAAAAAUGUUUUGCCCUAGGAAAUAGUAGUACAAUUAGUAUAAACUAUAUCAAUUACUUCUUGGUAUGAAAGAUUUGGAAAUUCAAAUUUUUGUCAACUUAAAAAGCUUGUAUUUUGGCAAAAGAGAAGCGUACAUUAACUUAAAAAAAAAAACCCUGCUGACAUUAGAAAUAAGCACACUCCCACAAAGGAGUGGCAAGGAAUAUUCAAAGUGAUGAAGAACAAGAACCUUCAACCAAAAUUACUCUACCCAGCAAAGCUGUCACUUAGAAUCAAAGGACAGAUGAAGAGCUCCCCAGACAAGAAAAAGCCAAAGGAUUGCAUCAUCACCAAACCAGUGUUAUAUGAAAUGUUCAAGGGUCUUCUUUAAGAAGAAGGAAAACAAGAUAAAAAAUAUGAAUAGUAGAUACAUACCUACCGACAACUGAAUCUAAAAAUCAAAAUAAAUGAAUAAGCAGAACAGAAACAGACUCACAGAGAACAUUUUAAUGGUUGCCGGACGGGGUGGGG